AGUGGAGCUUCAAAACAAAAGGAUGGGAAAGAAGGGAAAAGGGGAUCUUUCAGCUACAAAAGCAGCUGCAAAAGCUGCUAAAAGAGCAAAACAAGAAUCAAAAGCAGCAAGAGCAGAAACGAAAAAAGCAACAAAGAAUACAAAACCUUCAACAACUCCUGCGAACAACAAAAAUCAAAAGGGUAAAAAGGGAAAGGGCAAACAAAAUGGUGGUGGUGGCGGUGGAGUGGUAUUCGAUGAAGGGGAAGACCUGGACGCUUUACUGAAACAAUUCAGGGAAGAUUGGGAAAAUGAACAUAAGACCACAGAGGAAAAAGUUGGUCAAGCUCCAAGCCGACGUGCAAAUGCAACGUUGACAGCUUGUCCAUUGGGAACGGAUCUUUGGCUGUUUGGUGGAGAAUACUUUGAUGGUGAUCGUGCGAUGUUCUAUCCAGAUCUUUAUAGAUAUACACCCGCAACCGUUGCCGCCUCCAAUGCAGCUUCUGCAGAUGAUGCUAUCGUCGAUCAUGGAACAUGGCGCAUGUAUGCAUCACCAACACAACCUGGACCCAGGUCAGCUCAUCAGAUAGCCGCAACAGCUGCAAAUGGUGGUCAAUUGUGGCUAUUUGGAGGAGAGUUUGCAGGAAUGCGAAUGACAAGUUUCCAUCAUUAUAGAGAUUUAUGGGUAUUCCAUAUAGCCACCAAACAAUGGGAAAGAAUCGAUACAAAAGUUCGACCAAGUGCUCGAUCUGGACAUAGAAUGGCAUUUUGGAAACACUUUUUGGUCUUGUUUGGUGGGUUCCAAGAUACGGGCGCUCGAACGACAUACCUGGGCGAUCUUUGGAUCUUUGAUACGUCCGAAUACAAGUGGCACGAGAUCAAACAGAACGAUUUACGUAAACCGACAUCUCGAUCAGGUUUUAGCUUGAUCACUAGCACAGACGGUAUCAUCCUGCAUGGAGGAUACUGCAAGCGAUACGUCAAAGGGCAGAGAACACAAGGUGUCGCAUUAGAGGAUACAUGGCUGCUAAAGAUGACACUAGGGGAAGAUGGCGAUCUGUUCAUCAAUGGAUCGAUUGAAUGGCAGAGAAGGCGAAAGAUAGGAUAUGCACCUGGACCCCGAAGUGGAUGUACGAUGGCAGUUUGGGGCAACAGAAAUAUGGGUGUUCUGUUUGGAGGAGUAGUAGACACAGAAACAGACGAAGAAAGUUUGGAAAGUCAAUGUUUCAACGAUCUUUUCGGAUAUCAAAUUGCUGGAAAUGGAAGAUGGAUCAGUCUGAAUUUGAGAAAACCCAAGAAGAAGGGUGGAAGAAGGAGAAGGAAGCCUGCUGCUCCGGUUGUGCAGCACAAUCAGAAUAGUGAUGACGACGAGGAGAAUGCACAGAAUGAAGACGAACAAUCUGAGGAAGAACCAGAAGAUGACCCUGACGAUCCGCAAAAAAGUGUCCCAAUCGUUCGUUACAACACCAUGCUUGCAGUCCAGAGAAACACUCUAUAUGCAUAUGGAGGAAUCCACGAAACAGCAGAGCGAGAGUACACAAUGGACGAUUUUCAUACCCUUGAUCUUUCAAAGAUGGAUCGCUUUCAAUGCCUCAAAGCUUGUCCAAUUGAUAGUCUGGAGUGGAAUGAGUCAGCCUCGGAAUCAGGAAGUAGUGAUUCAGAUGACGACGACUCGUCCUCCUCGUCAUCAGAGGAAGAAGAGUUACCUGAGGGUGAAGAGUACGAGGCAGAAGUCGUUCGCGAGGAGGAUUACGAUCCUCUUUUGCAAAAUGAGGAAUUAUCUCUCGAUGAUGAAACCCUGGCAUUACUAAAGCGACAACGAGAAGAACGUGAAGAAUUGCGAAAGCGAACGGAAACGUUUUUGGGUGUUUCCAAACAAUCGAAUCGAACGGAAGAAGAUGUCUUGAGUACUCCAUUACCGGGAGAAUCUUUACGUGAUUUUUAUUCACGUUCAAAGUCAUAUUGGGCAAGUAUUGCACAUGAACAAAGUCAAGGUCAAUCACGCGGUAAAGAAAUGCGAAGAGAUGGUUUUGAACUUGCAGAAAAGAAAUACCUGGAAGUUAAACCGGUUUUGCAAGAAAUUGAACGUAUUCAACGUGAGGCUGGAUUGGACGAAGAAGAAAUGAAAGCAGCUGCAUCGGGUAAAUCUGGACCUGGUGGUGGAACAGGUGUUGACAGUAGAAACAGACGGUGAUUGUGUGUCAAACACAUUUGUGGUAGAAGUCUUGCAUUAUUGUACUAUUAUACAUCGAAAAAUCGCAUUUGCCGUAU